CGUUCCCUCCCCGAAGUAGAACUGGAGGAUAAACUGACAUGGGAGCAGAUUUAAAUGACUUUUGCAGCCGCUGUGUUACUGUUGUCAUAUGUCCACAGACCACAGAUCAGUUAGAUCUCAAAACUCUUGCUCGAAGACAAAUCGCCGGUGACGAGCAGCGAGACAGAAUAAUGUUUGAUUCCAAAACAGCAGGGAAUUCCCACCUGUCCAUGGGGGCUGAGCUGAUCGUGGACCUGGGUCCGGUGUCAGCUCCAGACUGUCAAACACAGCACGUUGAACCUGCAGAGGUGACAGAUAAACUACACGCAGACUCUGAGCAGCCGGGGAAGAUCUGCGCCGUUCCAAUCCACCGGCGUCCAGAGCUGCUGACUCCGUGUGCAGACCUGAUCAACUCCGAGUGGCAGCGAAGCCAGGGCGCCCGACUCCACUUCCUCCAGAAGUCCUGUCCAGAGUUCCCCAUCUCCCUGGUUCUCCUGCAGGGCCACAAAGACUCAGAGAAGCUGCUCGGCCACGUUCGGCUCUCACGAGUCGUAGGUCACGGCAGCAGCCUGUUCGUUGAAUCAGUGGUCGUGUCUAAGGCGGAGCGAGGGAAGGGGUACGGCCGGAACCUGAUGACCGAGACUGAGCGCUACGCCAGAAGCCGAGGCUUCAGGCGCCUGUGCCUGACCACCCACGAUAAGCAGCACUUCUACGCACACCUCGGCUUUGUUCUGUCCACGCCGGUGCAGAAUGCCGGCGCCAUGAGCACAUUUGUGCCCAUGGAGAUGCUCCUGAAGUUCUCCAGAUUACCGAGCGAAGACACGAGCAUGAGGACACAAGCUCAGAUAAAGAUGGACGCUCAAGGACCACAAGGGAGCACAGACCAGAAGAGUGCAUCACAACCAUGUAGUUUACCCGCUCCUCCACCUACAGCUAUCUCCAUCCUCCCUCCCCCUCCUCCUCCUCCUCCUCCUCCUCCUCCUAUCGCCUCUUCCAUCCUUUCCUCCCCUCCUCCUCCUCCUCCUCCUAAUGCCACCUCCAUCGUUUCCUCCCCUCCUCCUCCUCCUCCUAUCGCCUCCUCCAUCCUUUCCUCCCCUCCUCUCCCUCCCGCUUCUCCUGUAGUUCAGACUCUGACUGAAACUCCGUACAGAGAUGCCAAAGGACUUCCCAUCUUUUGGAUGCACAAAGACAUCUGACACACACACACACACACACACACACACACACACACACACACACACACACACACACACACACACACACACAGAUCAACUCAGGAAUGCCAAAGAUCCUUAACUUUAAAAAUUAGGAUGCUGUACUUUACAACCUGAGUCAUCAUGUCAUGUCAUCAUUGUUUUCUAUUCUGCUUUGCUGUAGACAAAGGUUUGUUAACAUUAAAAUAACUUAUUUUAAUCAAAUCCAAAAUAAAGUCAGUUUAAUGAAAGUGUUGUAUAAA